GUGCGGUUAUCAGAGAUUGAACAAAAAGUCCUUUCUUUACUGGAAGAUUGUGGAGAUAGUGCAGACUACCACCAAAGGACAGAGGCUCUGUCCGUGAAGCUGAAGGAAGUGAAGCGCUAUUUGGAAAAUGUGCAGACAAUGCUUCAAGACAAAUACAAUGAAGAGCAGGAUCUGAAAGUAAAAGCAGCUGAGCAGAAAAGCCUCAUUGACUUCAUUGAGUCAUGUGUGGAAAAAAUGCAGCCACAGCUUGAGGACAGCAUGACUCCGAAAUCAGAACCGAGCAAUGGAGAAUCUGAUUCAAAGAGCAAGCAGGCUGAUCCCACCUUAGCUCCUCCUAAGGAUCAAAUGGGCAAUAAAUGGCAAUAUUUACAACAAGAGCUGUCUUCAAAGAUGAAAUCUCCCCUCUGCCAGCUUGUGGAACCUCAGAUUACAGCAAAGAUGAACAUGCUGCCCCGGGGCACGUUCACAGGUGCAGGAACCCCCACUGUGGAGGAACUGAAAACUUACACUGUCCAGCUGGGAGACCUAAGUCAAGAAGCAAAUGUGGUGCAUGCUCAGGAUAAUGUGGCAGAAGAAGUCUCUUCCAAUUUGGACAGAAAAUUGUUUGAGUUGCUUCUGGCAAUCAGCCGCUAUUUGAAUAACAUGGAGGAGAUGUUGAACACCUCAGUGCUCUCGACUGAAGAGGCAGCUGUGCAGCAGGCUCGUUGUGAGACUCUUUCUGUUGAGCUGCAAAAACUUCACGCUGAUCUGAGUGACAAAAAGGAUGAUCUCCUAAAGUCUCUUAGCUGCGCCGAUGGGAGCACAGAUGUGUUUUGCGAGUGCUUUGACAACUUGCAGGCACGGCUGGAGCAAACUCAAGCUGCCACUGCUUCAAGGAGCAACUCAGUGAAAGCUGGGCUGGAUCAUAAUAGCAAUUAUCUGAAUCAAACCAGACUGCUCUAUGAUCAGUUAACUGAGAAAAAAUCUGCCUUGCAACAAUGCUUGAAUGAACUACGUGGGCAUGAUGCUUGUGAACAGCUUCAGAAAAUCGAUGCCUACACUUUGGAGCUGCUAAACUUUGAGAACCAAGUAGCAAAACUGAGAGGCCACGGAGAAAGAUUUCAGUUACCUAUCACCUUAAUCCAGGAAGCUUAUAAAUUAGAGGAUGUUUUGGGUGACAUGUGGGGGAUUCUGAAAGCAAAGUAUGCAGAGCUGAACUCUCCUUCCAUCAGUGAAAGCCAAUAUGAGGACUUACUUCGUGGGUUUGCAGAGCUGGUAGCUAUUGGGAGAGAGAAAAUUGCACAAGAUCCAAAGCAGCUAACAAAAAGCAGAGCAGCUCUACAGUCUCACCUGGAAAACCACAAGGACUUUUUCCGUGACCUCACGACCCACAUGGCUCACAUGGAAGCAUUUUCCAAGAGAGUUAGUCCUUCCAUCCUGCAAAAGAGAGAGGAGUUCUGGAGAGAGCUCGUGGAUGAAGUCAAGUUGCUGGAGCAGAAGGCCUGCGAGUAUGGUAUACACUUAGAGAGCCUGUUCAAGGAAUGGGUGGAAUUUGAUGAGAAGUGCCUACUUUUCAAUAAGGAGUUAGAGGCACUAGCUUCUAUGUUGCCUUCUGUCAAUUUGGUGGAAGAAACAGAAGAAAGAUUAAUGGAAAGGAUUGCACUUCUAGAGCAAAUCAAGAUCAGUGUUGAUGACAAGCAUGCCAGGCUGUACCAGAUGGUGAAAGAAGGAAAGAAAUUGCUGGCUGCUGUGAGCUGUCCAGAAAUCAGAAGCCAGAUUGGGAAGCUGGAAGAGCAGUGGUUGUCUUUAACCAAAAAGGUUGGCCCUGAACUACACCGACUUCAAACGUUACUGAAACUCUUGGUCAGCUACAACAGAGACUCACAGGAAUUGAUGAAAUGGUUAGAUUCUGCUCAGCAGAGAAUGAGUUUUUGGAAGGAGCAGUCUCUCAACGUGUCACAAGAUCUUCCCACCAUGAGGGACAACAUCAACAGCUUAUUAACAUUCUCUAAGGAAGUUGAUGAAAAAUCUUCCCUGAAGUCAUCAGUGGUGAGCACUGCCAACCAGCUCUUCCACGUGAAGCAAGCUGAUACUGCAGCAUUUAGGUCAUCUUUGGCAAAGUUUGAGCAAAAAUGGGGAGAGCUGGUUACACAGCUACCAGCCAUCCAAGAGAAGCUUCACCAGCUUCAGAUGGAAAAGCUUUCAUCACGGGAAGCUAUUGCUGAACUAAUGACCUGGCUGGACCAUGUGGAACAACAGCAGGGACAUGAGGAACCAGUAAAUUCACAGUGCAGUGCUGCCCAAGUCAGGAGCCUCCUUCAGAAGUACAAGGAAUACAUGAUGGAAAUGAACUUUAAGCAGUGGAUGGUAGAUUUUGUUAACCAGUCACUACUGCAGAUGAGCACUUGUGACGUGGAAAGCAAGCGGUAUGAGAGGACAGAGUUCGCCGAGCAUCUGGGCGAGAUGAACCUGCGGUGGCACAGGCUGCAGGCAUCCCUGAGCAGAAAGGUACAAGACCUGGAACAUGUUCUGGAGGAUAUUACUGAGAACGAGAGCAAAGCACAGACUCUGUGCAGCUGGCUGGGAGCUCAGAGUGAGCGGCUGAGAGCCUUACAGACCCCAGCAAGUCUGAUCUCUGCGCAGAACACAUUAGAGGAUUGCAAGGAACUAGAAAAUCAACUCAUGACUAAAUCCGAAACUCUUGGUGAGCUCAGACAGAGUUUGGCUGUAAAUGAUAGUACAGAACAAACCCCAGAAGCUCAGUCUCUUGGGAUUGCUGAGCUGUGUGAAAUGAUGGACAGCACUGUAAGCCAGGUUGCGCAGCUGAAGGCCUCAAUGCAGUCAAUACUGGAGCAGUGGAGAGCAUAUGAUGAAAUUUAUGCAGAAGUCAGUCUGAUGACAACAAGAUAUUUGUACUGCAUAGAGCAGUGCAAACCUUCUGGGGAAGAAGUUUCAUUGGAAGCUUUGAAAAGACAGGUCAAAACUCUCCAGUGUCUCCAAGAUGAGUCGGAGAGCGGUGAAGAAAGUUGGGCCAAGCUCCAGGCUGCUGCCAGUAGCCUGAAGAAGAGCUGCUCCACCUCCUUCGCGAAGAUUAUUGACCAGAAGUGCAUGGAGGCACACACGAGGUGGAACUCUGUAAGUGAAGACGUCAGCGAUCAGCUGCAGGUAGCGCAGGCGACCCUGCAGCUUUGGGAGCCCUUCGACACCUUAUGCACUGAGACUGCAGCCAAGCUGCAACAGUACAGCGAGCAGUGCACUCAGCUCUUGGGUGCUCACGUGCCUGAAGGUGACCUGAUAGGCAGCCUGGAGCAGAGGAUACAGGAUAUGAAGAGCGUGCAGCAGGGGCUCCAGAGCCUGGCAGGAUGCCGUGCCCAGCUACGGUGGUGCCGGACCAGCGGCCCCAGCCACGCUCGCUCGGAGGCUGCAGCCGCUCCAGGGAGCAGCCUAUUUGGACAAGAUGCUGCAGAGGAAUUCAAUCUUCUACAACUGGAGGAUUUCAACAGCUGCCUUGAAACGCUGGAGGGUCAUGUCAGGAACUGCACAGAUGCCUUUGAUAGUCUCUGUCCGGAGGAAGGAACAGACAGCUCAGAAUUGCUCAUGAAUCAUACACUGGAGCUUGCUGCACUUUCUCCAAGCAUAGAGAGAUUGAAUGAAGCAAGCAUUAAGCUGCCACUCAGUGACUUCACCCUGAAGAAAAUGCAGAGCCUGACUCGGCAGUGGAGUCAGAAAACAGCAGCUGCUCUGGAACGCUGCAGUGUGCUCGAGGGAACUCAAAAUGAUGAACAUAAAAUCUUUCAGAAAUGUGAAAAACUGAUGAAAUUCCUAGAAAAAAUUAAACAGGCUUUAAAAACAGAUAUUCCAGGACGAUUUGAAGAACUGCAAGAGCAACAGAGAGUAUAUGAGAGCAAGACAGCGAUUCUUCAGAGGUGGCAGUCCAUGUACACCCUGGUCAUCGACAUUGGGGAGAAGUUGCGCUCUGUCUCCGAUCCAGAGACCAGCUCUGCUCUCCAGGAGGAGCUCAGCCAGUUACAGCAGAGUUGGGGCAAAACCCAGGCCCUGCAGGAGAAGAAGAAGAUGCAGUUCAGCGGCACCCUACAGACUUGUGACCGCUUUGAAAAGCAAACCAAGGAACUGGAAAGCAGACUGCGAGAGCUAAAGGAGAAAGUGAAAGAUCCACUCCCUGUUGAACAUGAAGAGCUCUACAAAGCCAAGGAACAUAUUAAG